AUUCCUUUCAUAUCGAUAAACCAGAAGCAAUUGCAGAGAAAAGUACAGUAAGUUAUUAACUUAACUCUACUCAAAACUCCACUCAACACUAACCACUUUCCAUUUUAAACAUCUAACAGAAAAACACGACGGCGUAACCGCAACGCUAAUUAUUAUCCUCAAUCGCCACCAUGUCUCAUCGUCAAAAUCAAAACCAACAACAACCUCUGUUAGAAGACCAAGAAGACGAAACGGCGUACGACUCCUCCGACAAAAUCGUCAUUAUCGGAGAAGACGAAUCCGAAUACGAAACAGACAUCGACAACGGAGUUCGGACUCCGUCUUUUUCAUGGAAGAAGCUCUGGCUAUUCAGCGGUCCUGGUUUUCUAAUGAGUAUAGCUUUUCUCGAUCCUGGAAACUUGGAGGGGGAUCUUCAAUCCGGUGCGAUUGCUGGCUACUCGUUGUUGUGGUUGCUUAUGUGGGCUACGGCUAUGGGGCUUCUUAUUCAGCUUUUGUCGGCCAGGUUGGGUGUGGCUACGGGGAGACAUUUGGCUGAGCUUUGUAGAGAGGAGUAUCCUAGUUGGGCUAGGAUUGUUCUUUGGUUGAUGACGGAGGUUGCGCUUAUUGGGUCGGAUAUUCAAGAGGUUAUUGGAAGUGCUAUUGCUAUUAGGAUUUUGAGUAAUGGCUUUGUUCCUCUUUGGGCUGGUGUUGUUAUUACUGCUUUUGAUUGUUUUAUUUUCCUCUUUCUUGAGAACUAUGGUGUGAGGAAAUUGGAGGCAUUUUUUGCGGUUCUGAUUGCUGUAAUGGCUCUUUCUUUUGCAUGGAUGUUUGGUAAAGCAAAGCCAGAUGGUGUCGAUGUUCUUGUUGGUAUUUUGGUUCCUAAACUUAGCUCCAGAACUAUACAACAAGCUGUCGGAGUUGUUGGUUGCAUUAUUAUGCCUCACAAUGUAUUUUUACAUUCGGCUCUUGUUCAAUCAAGACGGGUUGACCCGAAAAAGAAAGGCCGUGUUCAAGAAGCUCUUAAAUACUACUCGAUAGAGUCCACCAUUGCGCUCGUUGUCUCCUUUGUCAUUAACAUAUUUGUCACAACUGUGUUUGCUAAGGGCUUUUACGGUACCGAAAUAGCCAAUAGGAUCGGUCUCGUAAACGCAGGGCAGUAUCUUCAGGAGAAGUAUGGAGGUGGAGUAUUCCCAAUCCUUUAUAUAUGGGCUAUUGGGUUAUUAGCAGCUGGUCAAAGCAGUACUAUUACCGGUACAUAUGCUGGACAGUUCAUCAUGGGUGGCUUUCUGAAUUUGAAGUUGAAAAAAUGGAUGAGGGCGUUGAUUACGCGGAGUUUCGCAAUCAUUCCAACCAUGAUUGUUGCUCUUAUAUUUGACACCUCAGAGGAAUCAUUAGAUGUUCUAAAUGAAUGGCUUAAUGUUCUUCAGUCAGUACAAAUCCCGUUCGCAUUGAUUCCUUUGCUUUGUUUGGUGUCGAAGGAACAGAUAAUGGGCACUUUCAAGAUCGGCUCUGUCCUCAAGACUAUUUCAUGGCUGGUGGCUGCUCUGGUGAUAGUGAUAAAUGGCUAUCUUUUGCUGGAAUUCUUUUCCUCUGAAGUGAAUGGAGCAGCGAUCACUGCUGUUGUGAGCGUAAUAACAGCUGCAUAUGUUGCAUUCAUAAUUUACCUUAUUUCGAACUCCGUUACUAUUUCAUCAUGGCAAAGAUUAAUUGGAUCAAAGACAGUUACCACCACCACGGAGAGUUGAGCAGUCACAAAGACAGUAGCUACCACGCAAAGUUUAGCAGUUAAUCUUAUAUCGUAAAAUCAUGAAUUAGAACAUGAUAUGCUGCUAAAGGAUAUUGAAUUUGAAUCAAUAUUUGCGCCUUGUUAUGUUAUUUAUAUAUCUAAUUUACAAUCAUUCAGGGGCAGUGGCACCUUAUUGGUUGUUUGUACUUCAAUGAAACAAGUCAGAGUAGAUUUUACUGCACUACUGUAAAAUUUGAUUUACAAUGGAGCUGUAAUCAUACCUUUUAAGAUUAUGAUGUUAAGAAUAUUGUUUUUA